UCUGUCUGUCCUACAUGUCUGUACAUCCACAUAUAAAGAACCACAACUGGACUGGAUUCAUCCCAGUGCUCAAACUGUCAGGACAUGUCUGUAAAGAUGGAAAUGGAUAUCAACGGCGUGUCCAGGGCACAUGUCUCCAUUUUACCUGCAGCUGACAUCAAGGCCACGUUGAAACCGGAGUUGGAGCGCCCCCGCUGCGCCAGCACCCCCUGCUCCCCCAUCAGAGGCACCGUGGCCGGGUACCAGAUCCUCCACAUGGACUCCAACUACCUGGUGGGCUUCACCACCGGCGAGGAGCUGCUCAAACUGGCCCACAGGUGGUCCGAAAGCACCCCCCAGGACAAGGGCUCCGUACCGGAGGCGGUCCCCAGCUCCAUGCCGAGCGCCGUCCCCAAGUCAGCCGACCUGGGCGUCCACCGUUCGUCCCGCAUCUUCAAAGCCAAAAGCCGCUACUAUCAGCCCUACGACCUUCCUGCCGCCAACGGGCGCAGGCGGAGGCGCAUGCCCAGCUCCAGCGAAACCCUGCUCAGGUCUCUGACCCAGGGGGAGUCUGUGAAGGGUCUGCACGCCCCCCUGCCCCUGUGUCUGCUCAAAGGCAAGAGGGCCCAGUCCAAGUCUCUAGACUACCUAAACCUGGACAAAAUGAGCAUCAAAGAGUCAGCGGACACUGAGGUGUUACAGUACCAGCUGCAACACCUGACGCUGAGAGGGGAGCGCAUGUUCACCAGAAACAAGACAUGAAAAAACAGUGGAAGGCCUUUUUUUAGAAGCCUUUCACCAUCUUUGGGGAUUUGGGUGCUAUUUCCAGCUCUGUUUCUUGGACUCAGUUCUUAAACAAAGACACUCUGAUAAUCCUGUUUAAUUAUUAACUGGGGACUUUAACCCCGUUCACGUAACGUUGUGGAGAAAAUCCUAAUUUAGUCCUCACACUGUUAACGAGGUGGUCGAGGUUAAAAGAUGUGAAUUAUUUAAAACUUAGCAAUAACUGUUAAACCUAUUUAUUGGAAGUGUUGUGUGUUUGUACUGGUCAGAGAUGCACUGAUGGAUCAGCUGAUGGAACAGCUGAUCGAAGCACAUAUCACAUAUACUGUAUCAGCUUUAAAUGUAACAUGGCUCAUUAGUCCAGUAGGAGUUUUACUGCCAUCUGUCAGGAGCUGUGUGUGGACAUCGUAUGUG